AUGGCCUCCCGAUCUCUCAUGCCACUCCGAAGAGCGUUGGUUCAACCGUUAGCUUGUCAUGUCCGAAUCGCAGGCCGCAAUGCACCGAAACAGUUCCGUAAUUACUCUGCUAGUGGUCAGCCUCCCCAAAAGGCUCAGUUCACUGUGUGGCGACCCUAUUUACGGCUUGCGAUUGGUGUGCCCUUCAUCGGCGCAAUCAUAUACUCAAUGGCUACUGGAGAAGCUACUCAGCUCGAUCCCCCGUCGAUUGUCGAAUUGGAUGAUGCUUUAAAGCAAUCGUCCACAAUUAGCGAAACCUCGCCCAUGCGCCUCCGAAUGGAGAAGCUCAUCAAGGAUCACCAGCAGAAGAUUGUGGAGGAGCUCAGUAGAAUAGACGGAAUGGAAUUCAAACAAGAUACUUGGACACGUCCCAAUGGCGGCGGCGGAGUCUCGUGCGUGCUGCAGGAUGGAAAUGUCUUCGAGAAAGCCGGCGUCAAUGUCUCGGUUGUCUACGGCGAGCUUCCACGGCCUGCUAUUGAGAAAAUGCGCGCCGACCACAAAUCUUUCGUUGGCUCAGAUGUCGAAUCUCUGGCAUUCUUUGCCGCUGGCCUUUCCCUUGUUCUGCACCCGCACAACCCGAUGGCCCCUACUGUACACCUCAACUACCGCUACUUCGAGACUUCAGACCCGAAGGACCCAAUUAACGGUGACAAAAAUUGGUGGUUUGGGGGAGGGACUGAUUUGACGCCGUCUUACCUUUUCCCAGAAGAUGCUCAGCACUUCCACAAAACCAUCAAGGACAUGUGUGAUCGCCACGACGCUACCUAUUACCCGAAGUUCAAGACCUGGUGUGACAAGUACUUCUAUAUACCCCACCGCGGAGAAUCUCGGGGUGUCGGUGGUAUCUUCUUCGAUGAUCUGGACGCCAGCUUCCUCCAAUCCUCUGCUAGCUCCUCGUCGAAUCCACAGGAGACCCUAUUCUCGUUCGUCUCGGACGGCUUGGCCUCUUUCCUCCCAUCUUAUGUACCUAUCAUCGAAAGGCGAAAGGAUAUGCCAUAUACUCCCGCACAAAAAGAGUGGCAACAGCUCCGCCGAGGUCGCUACGUGGAGUUCAACCUAGUUUAUGACCGUGGUACUAGCUUUGGAUUGCGGACUCCCAAUGCUCGUGUCGAGAGUAUCCUGAUGAGCCUUCCCCGCACCGCAAGCUGGGCUUACAUGGAUGCUGUAUCAGGCACGAGAACCGAGAGCAUGCCUACUGAUGAGGACGAGCUGACGGAUGACAAGACUAAAGAGAAGGAGAUAAUGGAUGUGCUUAAACAUCCACGCCAGUGGGCAUAA